AUGAACUCCCCUCGAGAACCGGUGACUGGUCGCUUACCAGAAGCUAAAGCAUCAGUCCAAAGACAAAAGCAUUGCCAGGUUGCAUUUUCUGAAGCUCUCCCCUCAGAAAGAAACCGUAUCACGAAAGCCCAGUGCAUGCUCACAGACUCAACGUGGUACGUAUGGUAUCUGACGUGCGAAAUCUUAUGCCGGCCCGAAUACUCAAGUCUCAUGGCCUACGAGCUUAACAAAUCAUAUGUGCGCCACGAGACCAAAAAGGAUUUGGCCAGUCUCUGUCUCGCCUCGAAAGCUAUGAAUGAUCUGGCAACUCCUUUUUUGUAUCGUUCUCUGAGCUUCGAGAUGUCAGAAGAUACUCUGGUAGGGAAUGCCGGUGAUCUUUUAUAUAGGCUGCUAGAUACCUCCCAUGACUCACCGCGGUGUUUUGUUCGAGAAAUUACUAUCUCACCCUAUCUGAAGUACACUCCAUCCAACACUCCGCCCUACGUUACGGGGCGCCUACGGACAACGGACACAGACAAACAGCCUUUAUCCCAGUUGAUACAGUGUCUCCCGAACCUGCGUCAAGUAAGAGAGACUCACACUCGUAGCAGGCUAGGGGUGCCUUGUGAUCUCAGCGAUAGCUAUAUGACAAGCAUUGACGAGCAUCCUCAAAAGCCGGAACUGCACCUACUCGCAGGGGACGGAGAAAAAUCCUGUCUUCGCUCCCUGCCAUUGGUGACCCUGAUCAGAGUCUUGUGGGAUACCAAAUCUGACAUCAACGAGCAAUCCUCUCCACUACAGACCGACAACUUCCUAAAUUACAUCACUUCUUGUCCCAACUUGAAGUCUUGUUCUUGGGCAGCAACACACCCGAAUGAACUAAUUGGUCGAAGGAACGACGACCUUAAGGGAUCCAGCAUUCAUAAACCUUUUCCCUUUCUCAAACAUCUGGCCCUCCAUCAAUACUAUAUCGGCAGCCAAAUGUGGCAUGGUUGGCAAGAUCAUUUUAAUUGGUCAAGUCUUUCGUCCCUGGAGAUCGGCCAGGGGCUGUUUGCGCCUGAGAAUCUUGAAGUAAUGACAGGACGUUUAAACAAUUUAAGGUCCUUGAGAGUUACAGGAAACGACAUUCAAAAUGAAGAGCUGUGCAGCAGCCUCGAAAAUUUCUUGGUCGCUUUUGACACACUGGUGGAUCUGGAAAUAUUGAACUGCUUCGUUCCAGUUCAUGCCAUAACUCGGCAUUCUCGUUUGGUCAACCUUUGUGUUCAUAUUGGCGAUACCUGGAAUUGUCAAGACUCUCGUGCUGUAUUUGAAAACGCGGACUUGAUUUCUUUGGACACACUAUGUCCCCAACUUGAAAACCUGGAACUGGAUAUUGAGCGCGACACCAAGAACGACGAUUGGAAUGAUCGAUCGGCUGACUACUCUCAGCCCCAAGAUGUUCUAGACACUUUGGCCUGUGGCUUUUCACGUCUCAAGGCAAUAGCGCUCCAUUCACGAGUUGGCAGCCUGGUGCACGCCUAUGCCCCCAUCAACAUGUGGGGUGAACGCCAUCAUCCCUUCAAACCCAAAUUAACAUAUAAGACGGCAGCAAAGAUUGGUUCCAAUUUCUUUGCCACCAGAUAUCGAGACUCUACCGCAAGCUCCGUAUCCACGGUGAUGUCAGACGGAUCUGGAAGACUCCAAAAGUUGACACUUAAAUGCGGACUAAGCAAAACAAUGCCCAUUCAGCUUUCAGGGAGAAUGUCAGAAAGAGACGCCAAAUUCAACACUAUGACUUUUGAUUUAUUACCACCCAAGAAUGCAGGCAAAGAGCCUGAGAUGGUGCAUUUGGAAAGGGAGCACCAAGAGAAAUUAUGCCAUAAUUGCUUAAGUUCAACACCGCACCGUGUAUUAGAGGAGAUUGAAUCGAUUGCCGAGUACGGUCCACGCCUUGCUUUCAGGCGUAAGCCUGGUGGGGGAAAGACGGUUUGCAGGCGUGGACCCGAGCCUCGAGUACCAAGAGUUGCUACUCGCCGGUCAGAGAGGCUUGCACAAAGGCGGGAGGUAGAGUCAACAGUAGAUUAA